UUUUAAUUGAAAAUAUUUGCUAUACAUUUGCUAUUUUGAUGUGAAAGCAAACGGGCGUGUGUAAACAGCGCUUAAUCACUGCCAUAUUCGUUCCGUCACCUGUCCACUGUGGUGCGCGGUUCUGUGUGUGCGUGAGUGUUUGCAAUGCACAAGCCCCGUGUGCUUUAUGGAGGAAUAUUCUAAAUAAUUAAGUUUCCCGCUACAAACAACUCAGUUUCCGAUCCAUCCUCCAUUGUGCACGAUUAGUGGAAAACACGGUGACUGGAUGCAGUGUAUAAAAUAGUUCACGUCGAUGCAGAAUUGGUCACGUUCGCUUCCAGCUGCUGUUGCUGCUGCUGCUGCUGCUCAGUCUCUCAGGCUGUGUUUGCGGUGCUUUAGCGUGAAGCAGGAACUUCCGGAUCAUUCGUCCAGCAUACAAGAACCUGGUGGUUUUGGAACGACGCAGUACAUGAUGCUGUCUGGUGGUUGUUAAACGGUGGUUGAUUGCUCCUCAUCGAGUGCCGACGGUUUUGAGACGAGAAUUGGUGUUUUCCUCCAUCAGCAACAACAACAGAGAGAAAAACACACUCUGGUCAGGGCCCUGUCGUCAGUGUAUGCUAUCAUUUAUACAGUACACACUAGGAAUCAUGAGUAGUCUCGGUAACGGCAACAAUCAGCACAACAUCAACAGCAACACCGGAAGCAGCCAGAAUUCGGCCGCCGAAGGCACAAUGGAGCGCGGAAGCUGCAUCCUGGUACGUUAUGCAAGCCAAAACUCGCUGGACGAAAGCUCCCAGAAGCAGCUGCCACGGUCAAAUGGGAAGGAAAAAACGACCGGAGCGUACCGUAACAACAUCCACACGCAGCGUUCGUUCGAGGCGAUGAACAUGAUGCGAGAACAAAAUCUGCUCUGCGAUGUCGUGCUGGUAGCGGAAGGCAUUGAAAUUCCUGCCCACAAAAUGGUGCUGGCAUCCUGCAGUCCGUACUUUUACGCCAUGUUUACCGGGUUCGAGGAAAGCCGCCAGGAUCGCAUCACGCUGCAGGGAGUGGAUCCGCACGCCCUACAGCUGCUGAUCGAGUACGUGUACCGAGCGGUGGUAGAGGUGACGGAAGAUAACGUACAGAUACUGCUUACGGCGGCCAACUUGCUACAGCUGACUGACGUGAGGGAUGCGUGCUGUGACUAUCUGCAAACGCAGCUCGAUCCGAGCAACUGUUUGGGCAUUCGGGAUUUUGCCGACAUUCACGGAUGCAUCGAUUUGCUAAACUAUGCUGAGACGUACAUCGAGCAGCAUUUCUCGGAGGUUGUGCAGUUUGACGAGUUUCUUAAUCUUACCAGCGAUCAAGUGGCUCAUUUGAUCAAGAGUGACCGUUUGUCGGUUCCAACAGAAGAAAAGGUCUACGAAUGCGUCAUCACCUGGAUACAGUACGACGUGAACGGCCGCCAGCACCACCUAGCCGAGCUGAUGGAGCAUGUCCGCCUACCCUUGCUCUCGCAGGACUAUCUCGUGCAGUACGUCGAGAAGGAGCAGCUCAUGAAGGGCGAUCUCCAAUGCAAGGACUACAUCAUCGAAGCGCUCAAAUAUCAUCUGCUCAAAGGCGAGCAGAAAACGUGCUUCAAAACUCCUCGAACCAUUCCACGGCAGCCGGUCGGAUUGCCGAAAGUCCUACUCGUCAUCGGCGGCCAAGCACCGAAAGCGAUUCGCUCGGUCGAAUGUUACGAUCUGCGGGAAGAAAAGUGGUACCAGGUGGCCGAAAUGCCAACGCGCCGCUGUCGAGCCGGGUUAGCUGUGCUGGGCGAUAAAGUUUACGCCGUCGGAGGCUUCAACGGUUCGUUGCGUGUGAAGACGGUUGAUGUUUACGAUCCGGUGCUGGAUCAGUGGACCACGAGCCACAACAUGGAGGCACGCCGUUCGACGCUCGGUGUUGCGGUACUCAACAACUGCAUUUACGCUGUCGGCGGGUUUGACGGAUCGACGGGCCUAAGCUCGGCGGAAAUGUUCGAUCCGAAGCGGCAAGAGUGGCGACUGAUUGCUUCCAUGUCGACGCGCCGUAGUUCGGUUGGCGUUGGGGUUGUAAACGGGCUGCUUUACGCCGUCGGUGGAUACGAUGGUGCAUCGAGACAGUGUUUGGCUUCCGUCGAACGAUACAACCCGUCCACCGACACCUGGACACAGAUCGCGGAGAUGUCGGCACGACGCAGUGGUGCCGGGGUUGGAGUGUUGGAUAACAUACUGUACGCGGUGGGUGGUCACGAUGGGCCACUGGUAAGGAAAUCCGUCGAGGCGUACGAUCCGGCCACCAACACGUGGCGUGCGGUCGGUGAUAUGGCAUUCUGCCGUCGGAAUGCGGGUGUGGUCGCACACAACGGAAUGCUGUAUGUGGUCGGUGGAGACGAUGGCCUUUCGAAUCUGGCUUCGGUUGAGGUGUACAGUCCCGAGUCGGACAGCUGGCGCAUACUGCCCUCGUCGAUGAGCAUUGGCCGCAGCUAUGCUGGUGUGGCAAUGAUAGAUAAGCCCUUGUGAAGCGAGCAGCAGGGCGCACGGGUCGCCACCAAACAGUCCUACGCUUCCCACCAUCCCACCGGCACUAUUUACUCCCGGUACGCGAACUGUGCCGCCCUGCAGCAGGCGCAGAAUGAGGCGGCCGCUGGCCAGGCCGCCGGUUUCGGCAAUGACGAUGAAAACAGUCAGGCGGAAGGUCUCAAUCCGGAACCGGCGAACAGCAACAAUAGCGCGCCCAAUGGAAAUAAUGUACAUUACGAGAAUAUCUACGAAUCGAUCGAACAGUUUGCGCCCUUAAACGGUGGGAAUGGAGGAAAUGGUGGAGCCCAUGCGGGAAUCCCUGCUGGUUCGAAUCCCUUACAGUAUGCAGUCUUGAAUCAACCCCAACCGGGACCGUCUGGGCUCGGUCCCGGACAAGCACAUCGUUCUCUUGGUGGGGAAAGGGGAGCGGUAGGUGGUGGUGGUGGUGGUGGUGUUGGAGGUGGAUGCAUUCCUCCUCCGCCUCCAAGCAUGCUGCACAGCAUGCAGCAACUGUACCAUCCGAUGGCGUACCGGAACGAGCUUUACGAUCGCACGGCUGGCUACGAUGUUCCGCGUGGUCGUCCAGCACCCAGCUACUACCAGAAUCAACCCCCGACAGGACCUUCCGCCAACGGACGAUACCCCAAUCUUCAUCUCGAUCUGAAUCGGGUGCGCUAUCCUUCGGGAGCUUCAGCGCAACAGCAGCAAAGGACACCGCGGCAGAGAAGUUUCGAUGAUACCGAAUCCUACCACUAUUAUCGCUGUCAAAAUCAAUCGAACGGAACAGCCAAGUACGAUAACUUGUACGAACGCGUGAGAGAGGAACCGGCCUACCAAAACACUGGUUCCUUCGCACCGGCAGCAAACCGUGCUGCGGGUCUCUUUGGGCGGUUCGAUGUGAUUGGGCACGGUGUUGGACGCAUCGAGCGACACCUGAGCUCGUCCUGUGGCAAUAUCGAUCACUAUAGUCUUGGUGGACACUACGCCGUGCUGGGCCACAGCCAUCUUGGAACGAUGGGACACAUUCGGCUCAAUCAAUCGAACAGCAGCAGUGCGUCAAGUGCUAGUCCUUACGGUGCGAAUGGGCCGGCGACGACUUCCCAACCGAACCCCACCAAGGACUCGUCGUCGGUCAAUGUGAAGAGCUUCUUCAGCUGUCUUGGAGGCGAAAACUCCCAGUCGAUGAACAAUCUGAACAAAUCAUCUGCUGCGCAUGGAACUGCGAGCGGUAGUGCGCCUGCGGCUAAUGGAAAUGAAGCGACACUGCCGGGAUCAAUUUCUGGUGGAGCUUCAGGGGGAGGUGCAGGAGGAGCCGGAUCAUCGGGAGGAAACGGUGGACAAGGGUCAAGCAUUAUGGGUGGGCUAGCGAGUGCUGCCGCCGUUGGUGUGAAUGGAACUGGUGCGAGCACGAGUACGACGCUGGGUGGCAAAUCAACUGGCGCGAUUCCGAAGAUAAGCCGUAAAUCGAAACAAUCGCAGCAGCAGCAGCAGCAGCAGGGUCCAUCGGAUCCGAUUGCGGGAACUUCUGCCCCACAGUCACUUGCUGCCGGGAAUGGAUUGCCUCCGGUUGAUAUCUCCCUUGGCGCACCGGCAGAUCCAAUGUACGCGAAUGGCUGUGGAGGGCGCGUUACGAAGCCCUCGCUCCAGUGGCUGCUCGUGAACAAGUGGCUUCCACUGUGGGUUGGACAAACGCCUCCCGAUUACAAGUUUAUCGAUUUUAACUUUAUGUUUUCGCGCAACUGUGACGGUUGCUCGUCGGCCGGUGGUUCCCAUGGUCAGCAGCAGCAGCAGCCACAGGAGCUCGUACGAUAUGGAACGAUCGAUCAAGCUGAUUACAUUCCCCCGGCUCGGGAGUAUCCUACCAUGACCGGCAGUUACCCGCGCGUGCUCCGGAACACUCCUCAGCUCGCUCGGUUGCGUGAGCACGAGUACGAAAAUGUUCCGCUGAAUGAUCCACCGCCCGGCCGGGGAUUGCGUGGAAUUGCGUCUCCCCUUCAAGUAGGGCGCGCCCGUUCGGAGAGUCCCAGUCGCCCGCCCGGAUCGGAUCCACUCCGUACCUGGGCCUUCAACUUCGAAAACAAUACCUUCCGUCCAGCCCGCAGCCCAGCCCUCGCGACCUCCUCCGGUUUGGCCAUUAAUCGCGAAAAGCCGCGUGAAGUUCGUCGUAUCACCGAUGGAACGUUCGGUGCACGUGAUCUCGCCCAACCCGACACGGAAAAACCGGGUCCGAGUGGGUUGGCGAGCAAGUUCGCUCUCCUGAAGCACCCCGAACCGGACAAGGAAGAUGGCCGUCUAUCGUCCGCUUCCUCGUCAUCAGAUUCAGACAACUUUGCAAUCGAAUCACUAGCGGCAGAAUCGUCCGGAGGACAGCCGGACGAAGAGGAGGAAGAGGAAGAUGGUAGCACCCGGUCGGGGGUUGGGCGCCGGGACGAUGGUGGCCGUGUGGUGGGCAAUUCUACCGAGAAGGAAAACGUUGGCUCCUCGUCGAACGAGACGUCCGAUUCGCUUAACUACGAUGGACCGGCAUCGGCGGAUCGAUCGCUCUCGGAGGAUGAGGUGGAGGCCACACGGCCCGACAAUACGGCAUCGGAAUAAGUUUACACCGUUUUACAAGUUACUCGUUACACGUUACAGUGACCCAGCGUGACAGGUUCUCCCAGUUAGUUAGCAGUUAGUUUAAGUAGCGCUAGUGGGCCUAAUUUAAAGCUCGUUUUACUCUCUUUCCUGUGAUUUACUGAAGCGUCCGCAAACCACCGAUCGGGUGCGUGGCGUGUCUCGGAGAGGCUUUAGAGGAAGAAAAUUUACAAACAGCAGAUCAAAUCAACCCCGCAAUUCUUACUUGCUCAAUAUUUAUUAACCAUUAGCACACCACUGUUUUUCUCCCUUCCUUUAGCUCGUUUUCCUUAUUACUGAUCCUAUUUAUUGGAGCUGCAAUUGCUAGUGUUAGUGAGUUUGCCCCCCCCUUUUUUCCGACUGGCGUCUCUAAACAAGGGAGUCAGCAAAGGGGAGUGGGGGGGGGGGGAGGACAGAAAAAAGAAAACAAUAAUAAAGUAAUUCCACUGUUACCUACUAGAGAGGAGAACGGCUAAAUGCUAAAUGUCGAUUUUUAACCACUAGGAGCAUAGUAUAGAGCGCAUCUACUUUCCCCAAACACAUCCACACAUCUGAAGUACAUUGUGAGUGAGACUUAUAGGAAACGAUUUAGUAACGGUGACAGGUAGUAGCGUUUGCGUUUACAACCCCCCGUUUACUACUGCGGGGCUAUACUAGGUGUGUUAGGUAGUUUGAAAUGAGCGAGCAGACAUAUGCCAAACGGAGAGGCGCAACACGAAGCGCAUUUAGUUGGUGCAUUCCAGCAAUUAGCUAUGUAGCAGCCGUUUAGGGUUACUAUCAUUCCCGCAUUUUUGCUGUGCAGUAGUAGGCCCCGAAACCUGGCCGGGAAAAAGGGCAACGAAAGUGAGCGGUGAUGAAAAGGACAAUUGAGGCGGUACAAAUGAAUAAUCGAAAGACACACAAAGAUGGCACAAGCGCACCGGAGCCCGGGCACUAACACAUACAUUUGCACAUCAAGGUACAUUGAAACAAUAAUACAAAACGCGGACGCGAUAGAACGCGCACAUGUUCGUUAUUUUAACACAAAUAUAAAGCGCGCACCAUGCAAGCGCGUCGCCCUGUAGCGUCUAUUCUGGUACUAUCUAUAUAUUUACACUACAAAAAAAAAAAACGAAACAUUUCCUGUUACGGGGACACUGUUUUCCCGAGACAAAACAACACCUUUGUGUACCCCGCUCAUUCGCAAAGUCGCAUUUGAUAUCCUCUGUAGGCAGUUGACAUUAAAUUAUAAUAAACUGUGAAAUGUGAUUUAACGA